CUGCACGCGCUGGACUGUAGCGCGCAGACUUCAGCCCUUCCGGACAGAGCGUGAGCGCGUCUGCGGUCAGAGCCGGCUGACUUAAGUCAAAAGCGGAAUAGUAAAGUCACACCGCUUCUGUGCUUCGGGGUCAGGAAGCUUGUUCAGGGAGAUGAAUGGUGUGGAUGAACAGAUGAUUUGAGAAUCUGAAGCUCUGUUUCCAGGGUGAUGAGCGAUAUUCUGUAAAAAUCAAGAUUAGUAUGGGCUGUGCUUGCUGUAAGCAGAGGAAGGCCUCCAAAGCGUCCACUGUGUCCUAUGGGGACACAUGUAACGCAGGGAGUGGGGCCCAGGUGACAGAGAGCCCUCGUUACUUUCCAGACCCCACCCAGAAUUCAGGGGCUGGCCUCAUCCCAAACUUUAACGAUUUUCCCAGCACAAACUCUAGCGCGUUCCCAACAUCCAGCUUCCCCUCCAACCCUAGCCAGCCACGGUCUACUGCCAUCACAGGAGGAGGCGUGACCUUGUUUAUUGCCUUAUAUGAAUAUGAUGCCCGUACAGAAGAUGACCUGAGCUUUCAGAAGGGAGAAAAAUUCCACAUUAUCAAUAACAGCGAAGGUGAUUGGUGGGAAGCACGCUCUCUGGACACAGGGAAGUCUGGCUACAUUCCCAGUAACUAUGUGGCCCCUGUGGAUUCCAUACAGGCUGAGGAGUGGUAUUUUGGGAAGAUGGGUCGUAAGGAUGCAGAACGGCAACUCCUGGGCCAGAACAAUCCUAGGGGGACGUUCUUAAUAAGAGAGAGUGAGACUACUAAAGGAGCAUACUCUCUGUCUAUCAGAGACUGUGAUGAGGCAAAGGGUGACCAUGUAAAGCAUUAUAAAAUCAGGAAGCUUGAUAAUGGUGGAUAUUACAUCACAACCAGAAGCCAGUUUGAAACCGUGCAGGAACUGGUGCAACAUUAUUCAGAUCGUGCAGCAGGGCUUUGUUGCCGAUUAAUGGGCAGCUGUAGGCGGGGUAUGCCUAAACUAGCUGACCUAUCAGUGAAGACUAAGGAUGUUUGGGAGAUACCAAGGGAGUCACUUCAGCUAAUUAAGAAACUGGGAAACGGGCAAUUUGGUGAAGUGUGGAUGGGUAGUCAUGAUGGUUUAUGUUACUACUUGACCAAAUCAUGUCCAAAUUCCAUACCCCAGACCCUCGGUUUGGGCAAAGAUGCAUGGGAGAUAUCACGGGACACCCUGCAGCUCAAGAGGAAGUUGGGUCAGGGUUGCUUUGGUGACGUCUGGAUGGGUAUGUGGAAUGGCACUACUAAAGUGGCAGUGAAGACUCUGAAGCCCGGCACCAUGUCUCCAGAGGCUUUCCUAGAUGAGGCCCAGAUCAUGAAGAGACUCCGCCAUGAUAAACUGGUGCAACUCUAUGCUGUGGUGUCAGAAGAACCAAUCUAUAUCAUCACGGAGUUCAUGAGUCAAGGAAGCCUGUUAGACUUCCUCAAAGAUGGAGAAGGCAAAAAUCUGAAGCUGCCUCAGCUUGUGGACAUGGCUGCACAGAUUGCAGCUGGGAUGGCAUACAUUGAGAGGAUGAACUACAUCCACAGAGACCUGAGAGCAGCCAACAUCCUGGUGGGAGAUAGCUUGGUCUGUAAGAUUGCAGACUUUGGGCUGGCCAGACUUAUUGAAGACAAUGAAUACACUGCCAGACAAGGAGCAAAAUUUCCGAUAAAGUGGACUGCGCCAGAGGCAGCGCUCUAUGGCAAAUUUACCAUCAAGUCAGAUGUGUGGUCAUUUGGCAUCCUACUGACUGAACUCAUUACAAAAGGCAGAGUGCCAUACCCAGGGAUGAAUAACAGGGAGGUCCUGGAGCAAGUGGAGCGUGGUUAUCGUAUGCCAUGUCCACAGGGCUGCCCAGCCUCUCUGCAUGAGUUAAUGCUGCAGUGUUGGAGGAAGGAUGCAGAUGAGCGCCACACCUUUGAAUACCUGCAGGGCUUCCUGGAGGACUACUUCACUGCCACCGAACCACAGUACCAGCCAGGAGAGGACCUGUGAUGCAAGCACAUGUAAAGCGAUUUGACUGCUUUCCCAGUGCAUUUAAUGGGUUGGUUUUUAAAGGGAUUUCCAAGUGAGGCCCCCAUACUAAGUCUUCAGAUGAAUGUAUGUGGGAUGAUGUGCAAACCUUUUUUAUAGAAAGCCUUUAUUUCAGACAUUUUAAUGAAGCAGUUUGUCCUAAAGUAUUACAUUACAAGCAAUGGCUAUUUAAAAGCAUAUCAACACUGUAAGCUGAAUUUGCACAGUGUUAUUGUAACAAGGUGUUCUAAUAUCACUUAAAGUCAGACAGGACUUUUUACAGGACUUUGCACAGUCCCUGUACAUUUUGGCCAAAGUAAACUUUAGGCCAGAACAAAUAAACUAUAGGGACAUAUCUUUAUAAUAUCUAUAACUUCUUUAGACUGUGAGUUUUGUGUAUCAGAUAUUUCAUUGCUUUAUCUUUAGCCUUCUCAACUGAAGCUGUAUGAUAUCAUAGCUUUGAGUCUGGUUUUGGGUCACCAUUGACAUGUUGUUAAAUUAAAGAGAUUAUUCAGUUUGUCAGACACAAUAGCUCUUACAUCUGCUUUAAUAUGAAAUUGUAUCUAUCUUUUAUAAUAUUGUAUUUCACAAUAUACCAAUGAUUAAAACUACUAAGUGCCUAUUAAAUUGGCUCUUCAAGUACUGUCAUUGUUUGGAGGUUUGGAUUGUACAAUCUCAAAUUAUUGACAGAUUAUUAGUGUGUGCUGAAGAAAAAGAAGUUUCUUAAAAGUUUUCAUUAAAACAACCUGUUCAACA